UGCUCGGCGCCAGCCUCGGUUUCAGGAAGUGGCCCAGCCCUUUCCUUCCUGUGUUUUUGUUUCCUCCGACAAAUGUGAGCCUUUUUAGCACAUUUUAGCUCAAAAACACAAGAUGUCGCGGACGGGGCAGCUCAUCCCCAGCCAACAGAAGCUGGCGGAGAAGCUUACAGUGCUGAACGAUCGGGCAAUGGGCAUGCUGACGAGAAUAUACAACAUCAAAAAGGCCUGUGGAGAUGUGAAGUCCAAGCCUGCCUUCCUCUCUGAUAAGAACCUGGAGGGAGCCAUCAAGUUCAUCGUCAGGAAGUUUCCACAUGUCGAUUCCAAGAACAACUAUUGGACAAUGCCUUUUGUGCAGUCUCAGCUGCAGCAGGUCAACAACAUCAAGGGAGAGAUCAUGAAGCAGCUCUCACUCUACUACUUCACCUUCGUGGACGUUAUGGACUUCAAGGACCAUGUCAGUGAGCUGCUGACAACAAUGGAUGCCUGCAAUGUUCAUUUUGACAUUACGACGAACUAUGACCUGACAAAAGGUUACCUGGACCUGAUCAUCUCGUACGUGUCGCUGAUGCUCCUCCUGGCACGUAUCGAUGACAGGAAGGCAGUGCUGGGACUCUACAACUAUGCCCACGACCUCACACAUGGCAAAGUGGAUCAGAAUUUUGCCCGUCUAGGCCAGAUGAUACUGGACUACGAACAGCCACUGAAGAAGUUACAGGAGGAGUUCACCCCUCACAGCAAGCUGGUUGCCUGCGCCCUGCUGUCCCUGCACCAAGUCUACCCCCGGAGGAACCUCCCAGCUGAGCAGUGGAGACAGGCCCAGAUGCUGAGUCUGGUCAGUGCACCAGGACAGAUGCUCAACCCUGCACAGAGCGAAACUAUGCCCUGUGAGUACCUGUCAGUGGAGACCAUGGAGAAAUGGAUCAUCUUUGGUUUCUUGCUGUGCCAUGGACAGCUGACACAGUCGGACUCUGCUGUCCAGCUGUGGCGACUAGCGCUGUCUGGGAACUAUGUCAUCACGCUGUUCAGAGACGAGGUGCUGUAUAUUCACAAGACUGUGGAGGGGGUUUUUGAGGGGAUCAAGGGAUACGGGAAGCGAGUGACUGAAACAAAGGAGUGUGCCAAUUAUGCUGUUGUUAAUGCGGGCCCGUUUCACCGAGAGAGACGAGCGUUCCUGCGCACAGCUCUGAAGGAGUUGGUGAUGAUUCUGGCCGACCAGCCUGGUUUACUGGGGCCCAAGGCUUUGUUUGUGUUUAUGGGCCUGUCGUUUGCCCGAGACGAGGUACUUUGGCUACUGAGACACUCAGAAAACCCUGCGCCCAAACUCAACAAGCGGCCCAAUCCUGUGGACUACGAAGACAGACAACUGCCAGAGUUGCUGUAUUACAUGGAGGAGUUGCGUGGACUUUUGCGGAAGUACAACCAGGUCAUGCAGCGGUACUACGUACAGUACCUGAACGGCUUUGACUCCAUUGUGCUCAACAACCUUGUGCAGAAUGGAUUGCACCAGCCUCGCUUGCGUGCGAGAGAAAGUUUCAACAGCAAACGUAACCCUACGUGCCAGGAGGACUGGAAUCUGUCCGUGUGCCCAGAGGACGAGUCUAUCAUCAUGUCAUCUUUUGUCAACACUAUGAACGGGCUCUCUGUCAAACAAGGGACAACUCUUCUUUUUGAGGAGGGGGAGAUAUUUGACUUCCGAGGCAUGAGACUGGACUGGUUUAGACUACAGGCUUAUACCAGUGUGAGCCGGGCCCAGCUGGUUCUGAGGGAGAACCCUGACCUAGCACGGCUCAUGAACACCAUCACCUUCCACACCUACAUGGUGGACAGUCUGGACGAGAUGGCCAAGGAGACCUCCGACCUCUCCAAUUUCUGUUUCUAUGGCCGUCUGUUUGAGCAGUACUUCCAGUGGUGCCUGGAGACCCCGUCCCAGAUGCGCUACUCCAUCAGCUUCCCACUCAUCUGUUCCCACUUCAUGAACUGCACCCACGAAAUCUGUCCUGAGGAGAAACCAAUGCUGUCAUACAAGCAAAAUUUGAGAACUACUGGGGGUUCAACAAGAGAGAGAAAAAGUCAGGAUACGAGUUUCUGUGAACUUCAGUCCAAGCGACACCAUAUUGGGGACCGUAGCCUAUCGCAGGCCAACUUCUUCCUGGAUGAGAUGGCGAAGGAAGCCAAGAACAUCAUCACCUCCAUCUGUGAUGAGCAGUGUAAGCUUGGAGAUCAGCUGUUGCCCAAGAACGCUGCCAAGACGAUCAGUAUUGCCAUAGAGAGGAAGAGAAACCAGAACAAAGCCAAGAAACUGCCACAAGAACCAGACAAGCCCGGCAGGGAGAGCAUGAGGCGCUCUCGCACUGACGUCACAAGCAUGGACAAGCUGUACCUGAUGCUGACAGAGCUGUGUUCUGCCAUCAACUACACCCCAUCCAUACAGGUGUGGGAGCACACCUUUGCUCCCAGGGAGUACCUGACACAGCACCUGGAGUCCAGGUUCACAAAAGCCCUUGUAGGGAUGGUGAUGUACAACCCUGACUCCGGUGAGAUUGCCAAGCCUUCCGAACUCCUCAACAGUGUGGAGGCCUACUAGUGAACAGCGCAGACCAUAGAGAACUAUGUUCACCUGGACAUCACCAGGGUGUUCAACAAUGUGUUGCUACAACAGACUCAGCCCCAGGAUAGCCAUGGAGACAAGACCAUCACAGCUCUCUAUACUAACUGGUACUUGGAGGUGUUGCUGAGAAGAGUCAGUACAGGACAGAUCAUGUUCUCCCCUAACAGACAUGCCUUCGUCAAUGUUGGGGUGGAUCCUAACCAAGUGGCUGUCAAUGCUGAGGAGUUCUCAGACAUCAGUGAACUAAGAUCCCUUGCUGAACUGUUGGGGCCUUACGGAAUGAAGUUCCUGAACGAGAGUUUGAUGUGGCACAUUUCUAGUCAGGUGGCAGAACUCAAGAAAUUGGUGACUCAAAACAAAGAUGUGCUGACUACUCUGAGGACCCACUUUGACAAGCCAGCCUUGAUGGCAGAGCAUUUCAACAGGCUGAGAGAUGUUGACAACGUGCUGAAGAGAGUCACCAUUGUUGGAGUCAUCCUGUCCUUCAAGACACUGGCUCAAGAUGCUUUGAAUGAUGUUCUGAAGAAACGCAUCCCAUUCUUGAUGAGUUCCAUCAUCGAUUUCCAGAAGCAUUUUCCCGAGACACCUGAGAACAACAUGGUCCGUGUUGAGAUAGUGAAUGAGAUGGCCUCUGCAGCUGGCCUCCCCUGCGAUGUAGACCCAGCCUUGUGCGCUGCUCUCAGAGUACAGAAGUCAGGAGCUGGUGCUGAAUACUUUCUUCCUCAACCGUUUCAUAUGAGACGACAGAUCUGGGCAGAGAAUCCAGACGAGGACUACAAGAUAGCGUGUCUGCUGAUGGUGUUCAUUGCUGUAUCCUUGCCCAUGCUGUCACUAGACUCCCAGUCAUCCUUCAGAGCAGAUUUGGAGGGACAUACAAACAACAUCCACUGCCUGGCCAAGGCUGUCAACAGCAUUGCAGCAGCCAUGUUUACCAUAUAUGGCAAAGGCAGGGUGACCAUAGAGGAGAGGCUGAAGGAGUUCCUGGCGCUGGCCUCGUCCAGCCUUCUGAAGCUGGGACAGGAAACCGACAAGUUGGCCCUGCGGUCCCGCGAAUCAGUCUACCUGCUUCUGGACCAGAUUGUGAGGGAAUCCCCGUUCCUGACCAUGGACCUGUUGGAGUCCUGUUUCCCGUACGCUCUCCUGCGGAACUCCUACCAUGCAGUACUGAGGCAGGACAACCGGCUGUAAUGGUGCAGCCCAGGGUUGUAGCCAGAACCUGUCCGUCAGUCCUUUGAAGGAAUUUUGCAGCUGGGGACUGAAAAAAGUUUUCCCCAUUCCGUCCCCUGGGACACAGAAAUUGAUAUGUAAAGAUAUAAAAAAACUGAAACCCGUGUGUUCUUCUUCACCAAAACAGAUGCCAUUGAACAGCUUAGUCUACACGCAAAAUUUGCACCUCAAAAUGCAGAAAAUAGUGUUUCAGAGGGUCUUGAUUUAAAAAAUUUUCUGGGACCCAGACCCCCUAGAAAUGACGUGCAACGUCACGCCAUGCCUUCCGUGCUCAAUAGGAUUCCCAUUCAAAAUCAAGGGGACUGAAAAUGAUUUCAGGCUGGCUACAACCCUGAUGCAGACUAAAAACACAGAGCAGCAUUCUGACAUUCCCCGUCAUGAGUAGUUGCAUGGUGAUGUUGCCAAUUGUUUUUGAAAUGCACUGUGUGCAUGCACUCAAGAUGUACAUGUACAAAUGUACAUGUACAUCACAACGAGAGCAUUGAAACCUGUGAAAACGCAAGAUAUUAAUCUAUGAAAUUGUUUUACUGUUAAUCUGCAGAAUGGAAAACUUGUCAAUAUCAGAUUUGGGGUCACCCUAUGUAGAUGACUUGGGUAUCUUAUCUACCAACUAAAUCAAUGCUAACUUUGUACUGACAGAGAUGAAUUCACAGGUUGAUUUUCACGGUUUGGAUGACUGUGAAUAUGUUUUAUUUCCAGAAUGCUAUUGUUUUUAAUUAUAUAUAAGAUGGUCAAUCAUUUCCACUGUGAGAAAACUGAGAUAUUUGAAGUAAAUCAUUCCUUUGCAAGUAGAUGAUCAUAGAAUAAAAAGAUCAAUUGGAAUGAAUAUGGGUUAUUCUUUUGAUUUGGAUAGAAUUCAUUUUUUGUGCACGUCAAGUAAAUGCACAAUGUGUGAUAACAGCUGUAUUAAAUAUACACCUAAUGAACUCAUUUUUAUACAAGUGUGCAUAGAACUACAAUUAGUGUCAAAGGAUAUAACUAAAGAGGAGUCCUAAAAAAUCCUACAUCCAAUGUAUGACUUGUACUAUGAAAGAUGAGAACCAGUUUUUCCAAAUAAUGGCAAACAUGACACCAUAUGACAAGAAUAUACUGUAUCAUGCCAAAAUGUGAUGUGUCUAAAGCAUGCUGCAUUGACAUGCUAUCUUCCCAUACUUUCAUAUAGCGUUGACUUCCAACAUUCAAGACACACAUCAUAUGGUAGCAUAUUUUGUUUUAAGUGUUCAGUUUGAGUAGAAGAUUUAAAAACCAUGGAAGUCAAGAGGCAUUGAGUUUGGUUAUGCAUUUGCCUUGUAGUUUCUUUUUGUAUGAUAUUAUCUCCAUAUUUUGUAAGAAAUUUUUGUAUUCAUGUAUAUAGGUUCCAUAAUGAUGGAUUUGAUGUCUGUUUGAAUAUGUGGAUGAUGGCUGGUGGUUGGAGAAUCUGUGUCAAAUUGGUGUGAGCAAAUAUGUAUCUUUCCUGAGGUACAUCUAAUACUAGUAAUAGGGAUUACUAAGAUAUCGAGCAAUGUUUAGGCUAUCUCUUGUACAUUAUUUGGCUUACAGUAUCUAAACAUAAAUUUGGGCUUGGAAUAAAUAUGAUAACAUCUCAA